AUGAAAGUUGCUCGCAACUACUUCGUGGAAGACCCGACCUUCAACCAUUUGUACAAGAGGACGCAUACCAACAUGAUGUGCUAUGUUAUGGGCAUGGCCUUGGGCAUGUGGGUUUACAAGACGAUGAAGACAGACUUCGACAUCACUAAGUAUACGAAAUACCGACCAAUCUACUGGGCAACGAUCCCAAUCGGAGUGGUGUUGUGUGCGCUUGGCGGUAUCUUCUACAUCGAUGGCAUCCAGGUGCCAGUUCUGGCAUGCGUGGCGUACUCAUCUGGCAUCAAGAUCAUUUUGGCGUACUCACUCGUGCCUGCCGUGUACCGCAGUUUCCUGGAAUGGCAGGGCUGGGCAGUCUUCGGCCGAGUCUCUUACUGCGCCUACAUCGUCCAUGUGGCUGUAAUUCGGAUGACCACGGCCAACCAUGCCACGUUACUUCAUACAAACUUCUUGCAGAUCCUGCUGACUUACUUCGCGCACCUCGUGAUGUCCUUCGUGAUAGCUCUCCCAUGCUGGAUAAUGAUCGAAGCCCCCUUCAACCAGCUCGUCAAGCUCUGCUUCUACCCUGCCCCCAAAGAAGAUAACCUCAAAAUCACCUUCAAGAAUAUGGCUCAAGAAAUGGAUACGAAAGACGUGAAACCAGAAUUAGUUAGCAGUAAAGAGAAGGAAUUUAAUGGAACGGUGGUAUUAAGAUUAUAAUAUUUAUUAUUUUGUAAGUAGGUACCUAUUGAUUAAAUUAUUUAUUUUAAUUAGUA